AUGGUGUUAUCAGAGGAAGAAAUCACGAGACUCUUUAGAGUCCGAAAAACAUUGAUGCAAAUGUUGAAAGAUCGAGGCUACUAUGUUGGAGAUUUGGACAUUGAGAUGUCAAGAAAUCAAUUUAGGAAUAAGUAUGGUGAUAACAUGAAGAGAGAAGAUCUUGUUAUCAAUAAAGCCAUGAGAAAUAAUAGCUCUGAUCAGAUAUAUAUAUUUUUUCCUGAAGAGCCGAAGGUCGGUGUCAAGACGAUGAAAACAUAUACAAAUCGUAUGAAAUCGGAGAAUGUUUUUCGAGCUAUAUUGGUUGUUCAACAGAAUUUGACCCCGUUUGCUCGUACUUGUAUAAGCGAAAUAUCGUCUAAAUUCCAUUUGGAGGUUUUUCAGGAAGCUGAAUUGAUGGUUAAUGUUAAAGAUCAUGUUCUUAUUCCUGAGCAUCAGCUGUUGACAAAUGAAGAGAAGAAGACGUUGUUGGAGAGGUAUACGGUGAAAGAAACGCAGCUACCUCGCAUUCAGGUCACUGAUCCAAUUGCUCGAUAUUACGGGUUGAAGCGUGGACAAGUCUUGAAGAUCAUCCGACCAAGUGAGACGGCAGGAAGGUAUGUAACUUAUAGAUAUGUUGUUUGA